GUGUGUGAUGCGGGGUGGAAAGCCUCCGCCGCUCCGCUCUGUAGCUCUGCCUCUCUGUCGCGGUGAUCCACGCUGCGCUCGCGCCCUUCCUUCCCACCGCGGACAUCCGGCCAACUGAUCCGUCUCCUUCCCUCCCCAAUGAGAGCAUCAUCCUUCCUCUGGUGAAUACAGGGACUCAGAGCGGAGGAGGAGAGGAGAGGAGGAUAGGAUAGGAGGAGAGGAGAGGAGAGCGGCGUUUCCUUUGCUCCCCGUCUGUGUAAAGGCUUUUAGUGUUCAGCUCUUCAGCAGCCAGAUCUCAUCACCAGCUUGUUUUAAUGAAUGAAAAGGAGACAGCGCAUUAACACGUGUUUACGAUCGGAUCGUCCGUACAGAUGGGAAUAAGGAGCUGCAGUUUGAGAGACUGACUCGAGAGCUGGAGGCUGAGCGCCAAAUCGUCGCCACCCAACUGGAGCGAUGCAAACGAGGAUCUGAGGCCGGCAGCACCAUGAGCAACAUAAGUUCAACAGAUGAACAUCUUGGCUGGGAAACUGAAGAUGGACAGAAAGACAUCGAGGAUGAGCUGAACACCGGACUGGAGCUGGUGGACUCGUGCAUCAGAUCCCUGCAGGAGUCCGGCAUUCUCGACCAUCAGGAAUACAGCACGAGCGAACGACCGAGUCUGCUCUCUCAGAGCUCUCUGCAGCUCGGCUCCAACUCCUCCGGAUAUCACAGCAGCCAGACGCCGGCUCCAAACGACGCCCAGGCUUCAGCAUCUCCUCAGCUGCAGCAGCUCGGAGGAGUCGUGCACAACUACAACCAGGUGACGUCCAGUCGCGCAGCUCAACCCCAGAGCCAUGGCCCUGAACCUCAGCAGCUGUGUCCAUCCUCGGGAAUCUACUACUCCAGCUCCACAUUGCCUGCUCCUCGUCUCAGCUCUCCCCUGAACUCCAUGCAGCCGUCUGGCACGACCGCCGGCUCGGCCACCAAGCUCCAGCGUCUGGGCUCGGCCUCGGACGCUACCGCCUACGCCACCACCCAGCGCCUGCAUUCCUCCUCCUCAUCCUCCUCACCCAAGCCGUCUCCCGCGAGGCUCGCUAAGUCCUACAGCAGCAGCUCCCCUAUUAAUGCCGUGGGAGCCGGCGGCACGGCCUCGAGUUCACCCAUCCGUCUGGCAUCACCGUCCAACAACGCCUCGCCGCUGCACCAACAGCUAAGUGUGGGCAGCUACGCCACGCUCUCGCCCACCAAGAGGCUGGUGCACUCUUCAGAGCAGUACAAGAUCUCACACGAGCUGUAUGCCACCGCUACGCUGCAGAGGCCUGGCAGUCUUGCUGGAUCUCGGAGCUCAUACAGCAGUCAGCACAGCCACACAGGUUCUGAUCUGAGACCACUGCAGUCCCCGGAGCACCACAUCGAGCCCAUCUAUGAGGACCGCGUUUACCAGAAAGGCCCAAUGAGGAGCCUGAGUCAGAGUCAAGCAGAACCCCCUGCUCCAGGACAUACUGGGACAUACCGGACCAACACUGCCCCAUCCUCCCCCGGUGUCGACUCCACCCCCCUGCAGAGAACAGCCAGUCAGAAUGCAGGCGGAACCUUCCCGCGUGGAGGCUACGCCAGCUACGUGGAGCCGUACCGCACGCUGCAGUACUGCUCAUCCGUGGAGUCUCCCUACAGCAAAUCGGGCCCCACCCUUCCUCCCGAGGGGACCCUGGCGCGCUCGCCGUCCAUCGACAGCAUCCAGAAGGACCCCAGGGAAUUCGGUUGGCGAGACCCCGAGCUACCUGAAGUCAUCCAGAUGUUGCAGCAUCAGUUCCCAUCAGUUCAGUCCAACGCUGCCGCCUACCUGCAGCAUCUGUGCUUCGGGGACAACAAGAUUAAAGCUGAGAUCCGGAGGCAGGGUGGGAUCCCCUUGCUGGUGGACCUGCUGGAUCAUCGGAUGGCGGAGGUGCACCGGAGCGCCUGCGGAGCUCUGAGGAACCUCGUCUAUGGGAAAGCUAACGACGACAACAAGAUUGCCCUGAAGAACUGUGGAGGAAUCCCAGCACUGGUGCGUCUGCUGAGGAAAACCUCAGACGUAGACAUACGGGAGCUGGUUACAGGUGUGUUAUGGAACCUCUCUUCCUGCGACGCCCUGAAGAUGCCCAUCAUCCAGGACGCUCUGGCCGUCCUGACCAACACGGUCAUCAUCCCUCUGUCCGCCUGGGACGUCUCACCGCAUCAGGAGGACCGCAAGCUGCAGAUGCACACCUCGCUCGUCCUGCGCAACGCCACCGGGUGCCUGAGGAACGUGAGCUCGGCCGGAGAGGAGGCGAGGAGGAGGAUGAGGGAGUGUGAAGGUCUGACAGACGCUCUGCUCUUCGUCAUCCAGACCGCACUGGGGAGCAGCGAGAUUGAUAGCAAGAGAGGCUCGUCCUUCUCGCUCAGCGACGGCAAAAACAAGCAGCCGCAGCAAACCAUAGAAAACUGUGUGUGCAUCUUAAGGAACCUCUCAUACCGACUGGCAGCCGAAACGUCUCAGGGACAGCAGAUGGGCACCGAGGAGCUGGACGACCUUCUGUGCAGUGACUCCAAUGGCAAGGACGGAGAGAGUUCAGGCUGCUGGGGAAAGAAGAAGAAGAAAAAGAAGGCGCUGGAUCAGUGGGAUGGUGUCGGUCCUCUCUCUGACACAGCCGAGCCUCCUAAAGGAAUCCAGAUGUUGUGGCAUCCGUCCAUCGUGAAGCCGUACCUCUUACUGCUCUCUGAGUGCUCGAACCCGGACACACUGGAGGGAGCGGCUGGAGCACUGCAGAACCUGGCUGCAGGGAGCUGGAAGUGGUCAGUCUACAUCCGUGCGGCGGUGAGAAAAGAGAAAGGCCUGCCGAUCCUGGUGGAGCUCCUGAGGAUAGAUAACGAUCGUGUGGUGUGUGCGGUGGCCACAGCGUUACGAAACAUGGCCUUAGACGUCAGAAAUAAAGAGUUAAUCGGGAAGUACGCGAUGAGGGAUCUGGUGCACCGCCUUCCUGGGAGCAGUAACGCUAGCGGCAGCAGCAGCAGCAGCACCAACAACAGCACAGCAAGCAAAACCAUGUCGGACGACACGGUGACGGCCAUCUGCUGCGCCCUGCACGAGGUCAUCACCAAGAACAUGGAGAACACCAAAGCCCUGCGAGACGCCGGUGGCAUUGAGAAGCUCAUCAGCAUCGCCAGGAGCAAAGGAGACAAACAUUCGCCCAAGGUGGUGAAAGCAGCAUCUCAGGUCCUGAGCAGCAUGUGGCAGUACAGAGAUCUGCGCAGCCUUUACAAGAAGGACGGUUACUCACAGUAUCACUUUAUCGGCUCUGCUUCGACGAUAGAGAGAGACCGACAGCGACCGUACUCUUCCUCACGCACGCCUUCCAUCUCUCCGGUCCGGACCUCGCCCAACAAUCGCUCAGCGAGCGCCCCCGCCUCACCCAGAGAGAUGAUCAGCCUCAAGGAGAGGAAGACGGACUACGAGUCCACUGGAACCAAUGCUAGUUUCCAUGGAAACAAAGGCGAGCACGCAUCCAGGAAAGACGCCACAGCAGUUCAAGUCUCAUGUGGAACCUCGACGCUGUUCCGCAACUCGUACGCGAUUCCGAACGAAGAGGUGAAGCACAACCAGAUCCCGACCCAUCCUCCUCCACAGGAGAGCGUCCGAAAGGACUACGAGGUGCUUCCUCCAUUUCAGAACUCCACUAGAAACUUUGAAGAACCAUUUUUCGAAGAUCAGGUUCAUCGGCCUGCUCCUGCCACGGACCUCAGCAUGCACCUGGGACUCAAGUCCACUGGGAACUACGUGGACUUCUACUCGGCCGCGCGUCCCUACAGCGAACUCAACUACGAGACGAGUCACUACCCCGCCUCGCCCGACUCGUGGGUGUAGGACUCCAUGAAUGAUGACCCCUCCCCUUUGGAUGACCCCGCCGAUGACCCCUAACAUCACCCUCUGCCCUUCCCCUUGCCCUCCCCCUUUCUUUCCUCCUCCGCCUUCCCAGGGACUCCGACCCGAAUCCACCCAAAUCCGGGUGCUUGCAAAGAGAGGCUGGAAAACUGUGCAUGUGCAUGCAUACCACAUUUCCGUCGACACAUUCCGUUCGUCAGAAGGCUCGUUCCGUGGAAAGGAUCAAAGCAGGAUGGAAGAGGGAAUAUCGGAAUGUCAGCACAAGAAAAAAAGAAAGGAUUUAUGAAAGAUGAUGGAAAGUUUUGACCUUGUAAGGGAUUUGUAAAGUAGGGAAUUGAAACCGUGUGGAAGCAAAGAGACGUUGGACAGAUCCGUACGGAAUUCUGGGAAGAGCUUUUCACUUUAUUUGUUUGUUGUUGUUUUUUUUUAAGUUUCGUUUUCCCAUCUUAUUGUGAGUUAUGUUGAGUUUGAAUGUUUGAGAUGCGUUUGAGAUUUUUCCAGCCUUUUUAUCUAUUUGCGUUCCUCCUCUCGGUUUGGUUUGUACUCGAUUGGUGUACAUUACACUGCUGCCACUCGGAGGUGACUUUGGAUCUUCUUUUACAGCACAAGACAAAAAAAAAAAAAAAACCUAGACCACGUUUAUUUUGGAGAAAUGUCUCGGCUAUGCGUGUCAUCUUCAGAACAGGGUAUGUUUCCGGAGGAGGAGGUUUUUUGUUUUUUUUUUGUUGGUUCUGAUAAAGACGAGUGCAUCUAGAGCGACGUUCCGAAAGCAGUCGUGAGAAAAAGAGAACACGGUUCCACUCUCCGUAUCGACGAAGUGCUUUCUCACUGCCUAACAAAAGACGUGUAGAUAUAUUUCAACUUUUUUUUUUUGCAUUUUGUUUUGUCAUUUUUUUCACAAGUGUUAAAACAGUAAAAUUCUAACGAUACAGCCGUUUGUCGUCCGUAGCUAACCUGACUGACCAGAUGACUGACGUUGUGCCAAACGUAAAAAAAAAAAAAAAUCACCACUGGAAAUGUUUUAACCCAAAAUCUCUUUAUUUUACUUUCCAUCAUUUCACUCAUGAAUGUGUUGGGAUUUUUUCUGGAAUUAAGCAACUCAUCUAAGGCAACACUGGAGUAACAAGCCGGAGAGCGAGAUCUCUACCUGCUUCAUUUCCUCCAAAGAUGUACAAAAUGCGUCUCUGUGUGUUAGCCGAGUGUGUGCCGUGUGUCGUCCAUGUUCCAGGUGAUGACCGGCGGCGUGGCUUCUACCGUCCAACUUCUACUGGCGAAGCACCGUUAAAAAAAAAAAUCUACUAGACUGAGAUGUUCAUAGAGAAUGAUAACGAUGAUAUAAAUAUACGUAUAAAUAUAAAUCUAUAUCAUUUUUAUGUGCAGAUAUUGGUGUCACGAAAAAGCAACAAAACGGCAAGAAAAGACUUGUGUUAAAAAAUUCUGUUCACCUCAAUGUUCUAAAUCCAACAGAGAAAAAAAGAAAGGAGAAGAAAAAAGAAGAAGAAGAAGAAUAAUGUCAAUCCCCCGGUCUCAGUUGUUGUUGUUUCCGAGCUCCAUAGAUAAUCAGGCUGGAUUUUGAUGAUGUUCUGGUGCCAGGACAAUAAAAUUACUGUUU